GAGAGUGGAAUUACACCAAAGACAAGAAACCGAUCACAAAUUACAAAGAAAGUAAAUUGCCCUGCAGAAAUUUAUGUUGCUCAUGUAAUGAAAUUUCCACAACACAAGGUUCCUAGUGCCUUAUUGGCUAUAAAUUCAGUACCAACUGAUCACAUGAGAAAACUUACCAAAAAGAGCAUAAUAUCUGCAUUUAAUAGAUGUUCCAAAAAAUUCACAAGAGAAUCAUGGUAUUAUGUGAGACUCCCAGAUCCAGCAUCUCAUGAAGGGCAUCCUGUGCUUGGGCUGGUGAAGGAAGAAGCAUGUGGUCAGGUUACAGAGAAUACCGUCUCCACUUCUUCUCCUGCUGAACCAAUAUCUGUGGUGAAGAAAAAGAAACGUCCGAAGAAUACAAAAUUCAGAACAAAAGAACCAGUGGAUCCAAGAGUUUUGCAAAAAAUGUAUGAACUUACCAGACAAGGGGUAUCAACUGUGAAGAUGAUGCAAGCUGCAAUUGCAGUGUUUGUGGAAGAAGAGCUUUUUCCUUUGGGUGAACCACCACCUGCCAUGUAUCGACGAUACAACCCAACUCCUUCUGAUAUUCAGAAUGCAAUGUACAAGGUAAAGCAGGAAAUGCGUCUGGAAGGCAAGAGUAUUUUACAGUAUCGAUGUGCAGCAUUAGUUAGAGAAAUAACAGAAUUAGUGGUCCAGACAGACAGUGAAGAUUAUCUUAACCAGUUAGAAGAACAGUUGCGAAAUAUCUACAAUGCUGUUCGAAAUUCGCUACCUAUUCAGCAAGUGCAGUUUAGAUCUGAGCAGGAAGAAGAAAGAAACAAGCUGGUUUAUAUGGAACCAACCAUAUCAGUUCAUGCUGAUGAUGAGAAUAAACCAAAGAGAGGAAGACGGCGAAAGCACAGUGACCCACAGGCAGAACUGAAUGCUGCAACUUACCAUCUAACUUUGGAAAAUCAGCAACUUCAUCGUGAGAAAAGUUACCAACUGAAACAAGACUCGAUGCGAACGGAAAAAUCAUGCAGUGCAGAACAGUCAAUAGCUCUUGAAGGUGUUCUAGAAAAUCAACAGGUCCAUGAAAUUAUCCAGCAAGAAGAUGGAACAAUAACAGAAGUGUACUAUUAUCAGCCUAUUGAGCAAUAUGAUCAGUAUGUAGAAGGGGAAACUAUAGAAACAGAACCUUAUCACAACGCUACUAUUAUUGUCCCACAGAACAUCAAAGUUGAACCCCCAACUAUUGAGCAUUUUAAAUAACACCAUUUUAUAUUCGGUAUUGUUCUGAUCCUGAAAUAAGUGUUACAGUGUAUCUAGUUGUGCAUCUUCAUUUAUUACUGGAGGCAUAUUCCAUAAGUUUGUAAGAAAUUACAAAUUUUGUAAGUAUAUUGUGUAACAUAGGUUAUAUUCCCAUAUUUUUGUACAUUUUUCAUGUUAGAUUCCAAAUUUCUAUAUAAUUUUAUCACCACUUCUGGUUUAGUAAUUUAUUUAAAUGUACAAUGUAACCUCAUUCAUUCAGACUUCAUAAAAACUGUAUGGAUAUCUGAAUAAUCUGGACAAAAUCUGAAUGUUUGAUAUGGAUUUUUGCUAGUCUAGGUAACAGUUAUGAGGUAGUGAAAAUGGAUGCACACAAACAGUAGAGGUAAAGAUUUAAGUGCAUUAAAAGACAUUUUAGAAUAAAAGCUAAUAGAACAAAUAGGAUGAAAGGUAUUUAAAGUACUUAACAGAUAGAGUAACAACUGCAAGUGUGCAUGGUGGAACUAGAAAGUAAAUGUUAAAGUAAAAGAGUACAAUUUAAGAUGACAUGUAUAAUAAAUAAAUUUCAAAUUUAUCGAAUACAAUUCAUGGUAACAUGUAAAAUAGGAUAAACAUGCUUUAGGAAUAGUAUGAUUUUUUUUAAAUGGUGAAGAAAAGCAAUGCAUACAAAUAUUAAAAACAAUAUUUUCUUAUGUUGAAUGUUCUCAUCAUCACUCAUCAUCAUAUAGAUGACUUUAUAUGUCAUAGUACUGUUAUACCUCGGUUCACAAACUUAAUUAGUUUGAGGACUCAGUUUGUGACCCAAAAAGUUCGCAACCAGAAUAAAUUUUCCCAUUUAAAAUAAUGUAAAUACUACAAUUAAUUCAUUCAAACCUCAGUAACUGAUUUUUAAAAUUUUUUUGUUUUUCUUGGACAAAGAAUAUAAAUAAAAAUAACCUUAAUUAUAUACAAAUACAGUAGUGCACCGAGAUAACGGACCUUGGGAAUAUCGUCCUUAUGGAUAUAUUGGUGUGGAAUGGAAAUACUAUCGAUUUGAGGGCUUUCGCCCCUGGAUCGAGCACCGAACUGUUUUCAAAUCAGCACUCUUACUAGGUAUACCAAUCGCUUACCAGCAUUCCAUGAGUUAUUGUUACUGUUUCAUUAUUAAUUUACAUUGCUUUCAUCUCAAAAAAUUAUGCUAAAGCUUUUACUGUCAGUUGAUGAUUUUAAGAUAGUAAAGUAAACCAGAAUGCAAGUGGCACAUAAUCGCUCUGAUGAUACAGUGGUCCCCCCUUAUUUGCGAGGGAUGCGUACCAAACCACCCCGCGGUUAUAGUUAGAACCCAUAAAUAGUUAGAACCCCUAUAAAAAUGCUUAAAAUGGCCUAUUUUGUUAGUUAAAACUCUAGAAAAACCCACUAAAAAUUAUUAUACCUGGCUUUUUUAAUAGUUUUAUCACUAAAAGUGCAUUUUAUGAUGAAAUUGAUAAAAAAACCCAGGAAUUUGCAGAUAUUUCUCAGAAAAAUACCGCGAAUAGGCAAAUUUCCCGUGAAUAAUAGGGGAUAUGUUCCAGAGAGAAAUCCGCGAAUGCGCGAGUCUGAAAAUCAGGAGAAUGUGAAUAAGGGGCCCCACUGUAUUUUGUAAUAUGAUAAUAUGACAGUAAUUCAUGCAAUCUGAUUAGAUACAGUUUUGUUAAAAUUAUUUUUAUUCUCAAUAUGUACAACUAUUAUUCGACUUAAGCAAAUUGAUAUACUCUCUCGCUCUCUCUCUCUGCAUUUCAUUGACUGUUAUACUUAAUGAUGAUGUUCCAUCCUUCACUGAAAAACUGGGGCGUUUUCAAUUGGACCCCUGAAGCACAGUUUGCAAACCGGAACAAAAAAUUUUUUAACAUCUGGUUGGUAACCAGAUUUCUUCGUGAACAGGUCUGUUCAUUAACCGAGGUACAAUCUCCGGACAAAACUUCCUUUCCCCCCUAGUCUGGGUUACUCGUGAAUGUGGUAAUGUUGCACUCUUUCGAGUCUGCCGAGAAAUGGGAAACUGUCUUGGCGAUAGUUAAACUAUAUUAACUUUGAAUGAAUAACAGGGGUUUUUCUGAGAUACUUUGCCUAAAUCUAUGUCUUUCUCUGUAUUCUGCUAGUGUUUUCACCCAUACAGAUGAAUAUUGUUCAGCCUUUAAGAAAUCAUUCAGUCGAUUUGCAUGAAUUUUUAUCAUUCAUUGUGUAAUAAGCCAUAUCUUUAUGCAAAAGAUAAAGAGUUCUAACUUCAAUUGUUCUUUAUAAAGGUAAGAAUCUCUCUCUCUCUCUCUCUCUCUCUCUCUCUCUCUCUCUCUCUCUCUCUCUCUCUCUCUCUCUCUCUCUCUCUCUCU